UCCCUCCCACCCCCAAGGGAUGCCCAAGGAGGCGCCGAGCACUUGGGGUAAUUCCCGGGCGGGCUGGGGAGGGCAGAUCCCAACACUCUCCAUAGGCGGUGACACCUGCCGCUGGUGAAUCCUCCCUGCUUUUCCUGCCACUAAUUCCGGGGAUUAUGGGACGGCCUUGGAAAACCACAGCCCCCUGCCCACCAGCCGAGGAGCUGCUGCUUGAUCCUAAAAAAUGCUGUGAUGCCUCCUCCACCCGGCAGGAGCAGGCUCGGGACCGGAAAGUGUCCGGGGACGUGGAAGCCGCUCGGCACUUCAGCUCCAAGGCGCGGUGCUACAACGCCCUGGCCACGGCGGGCAGCGUGCUGCUGCCCCUCCUGCUCGCUGCCCUCAUUGUCACCGGUGUCAUCCACCUCUCCAAGCUGGCGCAGGAGUCCGUCGGCUUCUUCACCUACCAGUUCAGCGGGAGCGACGAUGAGGACCAGUGACUCUGGGAGAAGGGCUGGUGGAACCUCCUCUGCAUCGCCCCAAAAUGCCACCACCCCUCUCUGCCACCCCGUUCCCCACUCUGCUGUGAGGGCACAGUUAUUUUUGUUUAUCUAUCCUGCGGGUUUUUUACUUCCCAUUAUCCUGUGUGAAGCCCCAGCUUCCGCGGUCGCUAUUUAAAUCAUUAAAUUCU